UCGUCAUUCACAUUCAGUCAGAUUGUAAUACAAUAUGUCAUAAAUUAUGUUCAAGUUUUGGUGUAAUAUCAUUAAGUAAAAGAAAUUUCCACGUUUCGUAAAAUUAUAACACGAUAAUAAAUAUGUCGUGUAUAUUACCACUAUUUUAUAAUUCAUCUUUAUUUAACUAGUCAUUUAUUAGUUUUUACAUUGAAUCGCGAGUGAUCUUUACAAUGAAUUAAUUCGUUAUUGAUACGUUAUGUAUGAUUAUUACGAAUUUGAAGAACGUAAAAUGCGUGGUCUUCGUGAUUGGCGCAAGGCGCUUCGGACUCCUGCCACAUAUAGAGUAGGAAAUACAGUGAGAUUACAACCUCAGUUUGUGUUGCUUAUAAUUUUAUUAGGAGUAUUUUUGUUAGUGUUAUUUUAUUAUAAUUGGUGGACAAGUGACCAUUCGCACUCUUUGAAUCGGUGGACUAAGAUUUCACGUCCAUACAAUGCCACUUACCCACUUUCGCCUGUUGUACAUUCCGGAGAUACAUUUACGUUUAGGAUAGGAAUAGUGGCUGAUUUGGAUACGAAUUCUAAAAGCAAUACGAAGGCUCACACGUACAAUAGUUACCUGAAGAGAGGGUUAUUAACUUAUAACCCUGUGAAGAAGUAUGUGACUGUUUCUUGGGACACAAUCCCGGCAACACUGCUUUCAUCAACAUAUUCACACAAGGGCCGUGGAAUGGAGUUGUCAGAAUUGAUUGUGUAUGAUGGAAGAUUGCUCACCUUUGAUGAUAGAUCAGGAAUGAUCUUUGAAAUAGCAAACAACAAAAUAGUGCCAUGGGUGAUAUUAUCUGACGGCAAUGGUUACAACGAGAAGGGUUUUAAAUCUGAAUGGGCGACAAUCAAAGAUGAAAUCCUUUAUGUUGGGUCUAUGGGUAAAGAGUGGACCACGGCCAGCGGAGAGUUCCAAACAUAUGACCCUAUGUGGGUUAAAGCUAUCAAUAUACAUGGAGAGGUACAGCAUCUAAGCUGGGUGCACCAAUAUAAAGCAGUAAGACGAUCAAUAGGCAUAGACUGGCCGGGCUACAUGAUCCAUGAGUCAGGUGUGUGGUCACCAAUUAACGAGAAGUGGUACUUCUUGCCGAGGCGAUGUAGUCACGAACCGUACAAUGAAACUAAAGACGAAGUUAUGGGGUGCAAUUAUUUGAUCACUGCGGAUAAUAAUUUUAGCAAAAUUAAAGCAGUGCAGAUAACAAAACUCCAGCCGAAACAUGGUUUCUCUUCAUUCAAGUUUAUUCCUGGAUCAAAAGAUGAAGCCAUUGUCGCUUUAAAAACUACAGAGUUUGAAGGAAAAACAGCCACAUACAUAACUGCAUUUACAAUAGAUGGGCGAACGUUAUUAGAAGAUACACUAGUUGAAAACCUCAAAUAUGAAGGCAUUGAGUUUAUAUGAUGUCAAUUUAGUUCAAAUGUGUAAAUAUGUAAAAUACAUUACUUUUAUUUACCGA